GAAUAAAGUUGACUGCCUCGCCCCACGCAGCAUCAAAAUCACAGUCUUUACGUAUGGACAGGAUCCGCCCGCGUGUAAGAUAACAAGAGGGGGUGGAUGCCUCGCGUUCUCCUACUCGCGCCAGUCUUCACCGUGUAGACAGAAAUCAGCACACGAGUACACUCAAGUAGACUAGUUGUCGCUGAGAAUAGGUCCUCGCGCUCCGGUUCACCGCUCGCCGACCCCGCGUCACCGCGCUGCGAGCCCGCCCGACCACAGCAGGCGUAAGCGGUGCCGCUCGCUCCACAUUCCGAACUUUCUGCUGAGCACUUUUGAAAAACACCGCCGCUCGCUUUUCCUCGUCAAUCCUGCCCCGUUUCUCCUGAGGUUCAACGUGGGUCCGCCAAGUUGGACGGCCGGGGCGUGUGCUACUGCGACCUGGGGGAGUCGGACGGGGCUAGUCUGUGUGAAUCACGGACCUGUCCUGAGACCCGGUCGCACAUGGAGGGAGACGUUAUGGACAAAUUGGAGGAUGUGGACUCGGUGUCUGAGUUCGAUCCAUUCACGGGCAACAUCCCCGCCACUAAAGUGGAGAUCACUGUCUCCUGCAGGAACCUUCUGGAUAAAGACACCUUCUCCAAAUCAGACCCAUUGUGCGUCCUGUACACCCAGGGAGUGGAGACCAAACAGUGGAGGGAGUUUGGCCGGACGGAGGUGAUUGACAACACGCUAAACCCAGACUUCGUCAGGAAGUACAUCCUCGAUUACUUCUUUGAGGAGAAGCAGAAUCUGCGUUUUGACUUGUAUGAUGUGGACUCUAAAAGCCCCGACCUGUCCAAACACCCCUCCGAUUGCAACGACUUCCUGGGUCAAAUGUUCUGCACCCUCGGGGAGAUCGUGGGGUCGCCAGCCAGUCGUCUGGAGAAGCCUCUUGGGGGCAUUCCAGGGAAGAAGUGUGGGUCUGUCGUCCUCUCCGCGGAGGAGCUGAGUAACUGCAGGGAUGUUGCCACCAUGCAGUUCUGUGCCAAUAAGCUGGACAAGAAGGAUUUCUUUGGGAAGUCCGACCCCUUCAUGGUGUUUUACAGAAGUAACGAGGACGGCACGUUUACCAUCUGCCAUAAGACAGAGGUGGUGAAGAACACACUGAAUCCCGUCUGGCAAUCCUUUAACAUCCCUGUGAGGGCGCUCUGCAACGGGGACUACGACAGGACGAUUAAGGUGGAGGUGUAUGACUGGGAUAGAGAUGGCAGUCAUGACUUCAUCGGCGAGUUUACCACCAGCUACCGGGAGCUAGCCAGAGGUCAAAGCCAGUUCAACGUCUAUGAGGUGAUCAAUCCCAAGAAGAAGAUGAAGAAGAAGAAGUACGUGAACUCAGGAACGGUGACACUGCUGUCUUUUUCAGUGGAGUCGGAGUCCACGUUCCUCGACUACAUCAAAGGAGGGACUCAGAUCAAUUUCACAGUGGCCAUUGAUUUCACAGCUUCUAAUGGUAACCCAUCCCAGUCGACCUCUCUGCACUACAUGAACCCGUACCAGAUGAACGCCUACGCCAUGGCCCUGAAGGCGGUGGGGGAGAUCAUCCAGGACUACGACAGCGAUAAGAUGUUCCCUGCGCUGGGCUUCGGAGCCAAGCUGCCCCCUGACGGGAGAGUGUCACACGAGUUCCCACUGAACGGUAAUAUUGAGAACCCGUACUGCAACGGUAUCGAGGGCAUCCUGGAGGCCUACCACCAGAGUCUGAAGACAGUCCAGCUCUACGGCCCCACCAACUUCGCUCCCAUUAUCAACCACGUGGCACGGUAUGCUGCAGCGGUUCAGGACGGCUCUCAGUACUUUGUACUCCUGAUCAUCACAGAUGGAGUGAUAUCAGACAUGGCUCAGACCAAGGAGGCCAUCGUCAACGGCGCCAAGUCUCCCAUGUCUAUCAUCAUCGUGGGAGUAGGACAGGCCGAGUUUGAUGCCAUGGUGGAGCUCGACGGCGAUGACAUCAGAGUUUCAUCGCGAGGAAAACUAGCUGAAAGGGACAUUGUGCAGUUUGUGCCAUUCCGGGACUACAUGGACCGGACAGGGAACCACGUGCUGAGCAUGGCAAGGCUGGCGAAGGAUGUGCUGGCGGAGAUCCCCGACCAGUUCAUCUCCUACAUGAAGAGCCGAGGCAUCAAGCCCAACCCGGCACCACCGCCCUACACCCCGCCGGGACACACCCACCACACGCAGAUCUGAGCAGCCCUUUCGUUCUGCUUGCACCUGAUUGGAGAUUUAGAGGGAUGAGGAUGAUGCUCUCUCUCCCGUGGAAUUCUGGGAGUUGUAGUCCUGGAGGAAGAACGGGUGGGGGAGGGAUGAAGUCGUCCCGGCGUUGUGUCAGAACUUUCUGGUAGCACUCAGAGACACAGUGGCAUUUCUGUUGAUGUGUUACAUUUGGUUUGUUUUUUAAAUGUUUGUUGGUUGUUUUUUAUCGUUAUUUUUGUUGCUUGUUUGAAGCAAAUUCAUUGACGGAAACCUACCCAAGGACAGUCAAUCUUUUUUCUUUUUUUUUUCAAAAGAUGACAAAAAUGUACAUUUAUAUAAAUAUCAAUGGGCCUGUGACUGUUUCCUGUUUGGGGUGAGCUCUUUAGCGAGUGCGGUGCGAGUGGCCGUGGGUGUAGGUGUGGGAUACGGUCGGUUCGUGGUUCAACCUGUGCCUGUCUGUGGUCGUCUCAGUGUCUCUAGGGGGCGUCUCCGUCUGUUGCUAGGGGGCAUCUCCGUCCGUUGCUAGGGGGCAUCUCCGUCCGUUUCGGGAACCUUUGUGUUGCUCCAGGUCUGUGCAGUAGAGUGUGUGCAUUUCAGGUGAAGUUUUUAGAUUCAUUUGAUAUGGUGUCGACUUGGAGCUUCAAACCACACACAGUGUGUGGCCCACGUGGAAGAUGUUCAGGUUUCUGUUGCUUAUACCUUCUGUUCCUUGGAGAACCGUAUCACGUGUGCUUUCUAUUGCGGUUUGUGUUUUUUACCACUGAUCUGAAAUAUUCAUAAGAGCCUUUGAUUUUCAUCUGGUGUUCUGCACAGAGGUUCGCGUCAGCGGGAGACAGAGCGGAGAUAGGAGUUUCUAUUCUUAGCGAGGAAACAGAAGCCGCAUGAAGAGUCUGUUCUUUUAGUGACAGAAUCCUCUGCUGGGAAGCUUCUUCUGUUUGUGUCGAGGUAGAAUCACAUCCUUACUAAAAGCACAACUGGAAAAGGAAAGUACUAAAAACAUUUCCAUCAACAUAUAACUAGAUUCUGAACUUAAGAACAAUAGCCCAUACCAAUAGCAUAUGAACACAGAUCCUCUAAAUAUUUGUAUUUUUUUAUUAUGUUCCAGGGAAGAGCACAAUAUUGCCAUUCUCCUUACCCAGGAGACCCAAAGCCUGAAUUAGGUGUGUGUAGGGU